UGGAAUUUAAACUGGCGAUAUGGCUACACCAUGCCACAGAUUCUACCACGAAUAUUAAAAUUAGUAUAAUCUAUGGAUUGCGCUAUCUGCCGCCUUCGCCGCCUCGAUGACGCAUUAAUAAUACAAAUAAAAUUGGCGACCGAACUUAUCGCGCGCCCGCCGUCCUAAAACCUAAACAUUAUUAAUAUCGAAUGUUUUAACUGUGCAACAAUAAUAAUCAAAUAUACUAUAUAACUGUCGCAAUCGAAUGUGAAUUCUGAAGAAGUAAUUGCACAUGAGACCUAGGAUAUAUUAACAAAAUAAUACGAAGCCGGCAACUCAAACAUUCCGAAUGGAUCCAGCAGAAACACUAGUGACGAAACUAAAUGAACUGCUAGAUGCUGUACAGAAAGGAGAGAUAGACGAUGUCAAGACCAUAGUUGACUGGUUCGAACAAGACGUGGAUCGCAACAGAACGCUAUUACCUGCCGUGUACGCCGGAGCCAGGCCAUGUCCUACACAGGACGACCUUGUCAUUGCCGCGUGUUCCCAUAACCAGAAGUGUGUCCUCGACUACUUGCUGAUUGAAACUGAUAUUUUGGAGUAUCUCACUGAUAGUACACAACAUAUCACACAAGUGACUGAGAAGAGAACCGAAGCGGUCAGACAUGCGCUGCGGCUGGAAGAUUUUGAAAUGGUGGAGAAGUUGUACAACUACUGGAGCGGCGACUUGUAUUGGAACGGAUACGAAAAAAAUAAGUUUGAGGAUCUUGGGAAAAUAUUAAAAGACGCUGAGUCUCCUAAAAAUUUUUUUAGCUGGGUUUGCAACAUUUUUAAGAAAAUAUUAAUUCUUUGUCGAUUCAAGGACAUUAACCAACAGCUACUUAUUAAUUUCAAAUGUCUCGUCACACUGAAUGACUUUCAACAAGAGCUGUAUAGCAAACUGCCAGAGCCACUGUCACAUGACGCCCCCGCAGAAGAUACUGCUAGAGUGCUACUGACUGUGUUGAGUAUAUAUGACGAGUAUUCAAAUAUUGAGAAGGUAAGAAUACCAAAUGUUGACCACCAACUUGAAUUUCAACUCAAAUCCUACUUUGAAGAUAAUAACAGUACAUACUUUAAAGCACUCGCGUAUAUUAAGUACGAAGUCUAUUUUCGGAAAUUGGAUUUUAAUAUAGCGUUACUUUUGUUGGAAAAGCUGCACAUUAUAAGAAAUCAUUUAGAAGCACGUUUCAAUAAAUCCAACGCAUUUUUAAAUGAUAAUACGAUACUACAAAAAGAUUACAAAACCAAAUCGUCCUCGUACAAUGACAUAGAAUGUGCUAUCUACCAUCUAAUCUACCGGACAAGUGAAGACUGGAGACUGUACCUACCUGCGGAUAGACAGUUAACAGUAGAAACUCAUCACCUAGGUAUUCAUAAUGGGAUUAUAGGAAAGCUUAAAACAACAUAUGAUCUACAUAAGUUAUAUAACGGGCCUGUGCUAUAUUUCGAACGAGAGCACUUCAAAACGUGUCUUGGAAAUUUAAGAGAAAUACUGAACGACUAUUUUAUCCAACCAGAUCCAUAUCAUGGCGAAGGUAAACCGAACAAUAAAGACGAAAAAAUUUUAGACAAGAAUUAUCUGAAACCAAUGAUGUACGUGAGUGAUCAUUACUCAUUAAAUAAAAUUGUUACAUACAUCGAAGCUCUCGAACAGACUGCUAAGGCAGAUGUCAUUAUGAUUGAAAGAGUUCUACAAGUUACCGGAGAAAUGGUAAAGGCCACUGAAAAGACAUCACAUUUAUCUGAAAUGACAAAAACCUUCCUACCGAUAGCCGUACCCAAAGACACCAUCAAGCAUCUAGAAGGCAUUAGAACCUUCUUGUCACAUACUGACAAAGAACGACUGAGCAUCAGGAUUGAUAUCGAGAACAAACAAGCUGAUAUGUUAUUAAAUGUUAAAGAUGAAUUAGUGAAGAUCAAAGAACGAAUUGUUCUUAUUUUUGAUUUAUGUAAAUCUAUUCUUGAUAAGUCGUUACUACAAAAAGGUUUAAAACUACUAGAAAAAAGAAUCGAGAAAUUGCCAGGCGGUGCUAGACAACGCCGUCAUGAAAUAUGUCGCCUUUAUAAAGAACGUGGAAAUGACUUAGUUUCGGAGGAUGGUGAAUAUUAUAGAAACAUUUGGGAACCAGCCGACUUGUCAUAUCAAUUGCUUAAGGAAAUUACACAUCUAUUACAAAACCUAGAUGAAAUUUCAUCGAAAAAGAAAAGAAUAGAUAAUGAAAUUAAUAAGAAAUUCACGAAAAUGUUAUCUACGUAUAUUCAGGAUGCAAAACAAACACUAGAACUUAUGAGAAGAAAUAAUCGUUGUGUGGAAUCUGUCAAUAAAACAUUAAACAUUCAUAAUAUUCCAAACUUGAAAUACUCCCCGACAUCGCAAGACAUAAAUGAAGCAAGGGAUAAAUUAAAAAGAAAAAUUAACGAUAUUGACAGUAUUGAAUUUCCAACAGAUUUUUCACGACAUUGGAAAUCAAAAGAAAGAAUGGUAAACCUCCUUCUAAAUGGUGAUAUACCUGGCGACAUCAGCUUUGACAUGUUUGCUUCAAUCGGUAAAUUUGGAACAAACAAUACUCCGGAUCCGUCAAAUAUAGAUAAACUAUAUUCCAUAUUAGAGAAGAUGGAACUUGUGUAUCUAAUGAGCAAUCAAUCAACAAAUAAUACCAACGCGUGUCAGAAAACAAACGUGCUAUUUACAGAAAUAAAAAAUCUAUAUGAAAAUACUGUUACAAAAACAGAAAAAUUAAAAAAGUUUACAAAGAAACAUCCUACGAAUGGUCAAGAAGAAUUAAUAAUGUGUUUUGUCAAUCGCAUCUAUCUACUGAGAAACACUCUCUGUUAUCCACAACAAAUACCUUUGAGUAAACUUGUUCAACGAUACAAGUCGGAUCCAGAAUUUCGUUUUACGUUAGAAACGUUACUGGCUGACAUAGAGAACAUUAUAAAAUUAAAAAAAGGGGAGGAGACCUCGAAGAAAAGUGAUAAGAUGCUGGAAGGUAUUGUCCUGCGUCACGUGCUGUGUCACGGUAAUCCAUUCUUAGAAGUGAUCGGGGACUUAAUCAACUGUCACGAGCUGCCACGGGAACUCUUGUUAAAAGCGAAGACGUUUGCUGAAGAUCAGGAAAAACUCGGAGCUCUCUACGAUCUGUUCUAACAUAACACUAUAAUAUUGGUAAACUUUGAUACUAUCAACAAUGGUACUGUUAUAAGUUAUUAUAGCCCCGACAUUUAAAAUAAAAUCGCUGACACCGCAUCCCCGUUGCUCCCGAUGAUGCGUCACGUUUACCUAACAUUACGCGUUUUAUUUCAUUUAUUAGAAUGACACACUUACUUUGGACCUCGUGGCGGACACGCUAAGGGUUUUGUAAUUUUACUAUUUUCUUAUUAUAUUUCUGGACAUUCUAAAAAGCGUUUUUUUUUUAAGUGAGUAAGACUUUACCCUAUAACAGUACGCUACCUAAUAUGAACGAUGCACAGAAAGACCUUCACUCGAAUCCAUAAGAGGUUCCCAUGCAGCGGUGGUCCCAAUGCAAGAUUGCCUAACUAUUGUUGAGGGCGGGGAUUGAGACAUUUAUAUUUUUAGGCUUGGAUUAAGUAUUUUUUUUUUAUUU